GUCAUUCUUUAAGUGUCUACUGUCUAUCGGACAAAGUUGUAAAAUAUAUUUUCAAUUUGAUAAUGCUAGUAAGUAAUGAUAACAGAUAAACAAGGUCCUUUAAGAUAAAUUACUCAAUAAGAUUAAGUAAAUGAAAGUGCAAUGGCUUUUUGUAUAAUAUUCUUGACUUUAAUAUUGGGAGCCUUUGGAGAGGAGUUCAUAGAAGAAAUAUUCAUCAAGCCCUUGCCCCCUACACAUCUCUAUUCUUACUUCCAGUUUAUUACUUUAGUUGAUACUGAGUCCUUUGUUCACUCUAAUCUAGCUCCAAGAUCUAUUGGAGAGGUUAUAUCCCGCUUUCAGGUGGAUGAAUUACACAUGACUCUUACUGAAGGACAAUGGAGACAUAGUCAGUGGGGAUAUCCUGUUCUUGAUGCUGCACCUGGUGCUGAGCUCUAUGCUUGGUUUAAUCCUGAAGUUAAAGAUAUAGAUUUAGAAUGGCGUAAACUGAGUGCAACACUAUCAGGGUUGUUUUGUGCUUCACUUAAUUUCAUUGACAGCUUUAAUACCAUCACACCCCAGAUGGCACUGUGGCCUACAGGGGCAGUGAAAUCUAAUUUAAAUGUAACUACUUUACUCAGAUAUGCAUCUCUUCCAAGAGAAAUUGUAUGUACUGAAAACCUUACACCAUGGAAGAAACUACUUCCCUGUGAAUCCAGCAGGGGCUUUUCAGCUUUACUAAAUUCAAGAAUGAUACACAAUACUAAUUAUCACUCAAUUGGAGUACAUGUCAGAAAAGUUUGUGCCUCUGAAGAUUGUACUGAAACAAAGCUGGAAAUAAAACAAACUGUAGCUCUUGUAUAUGACUAUAAAAUAAUUGGCAGUAAUGAUUGGUCAUUCAGAAAACUAUUUGGACAUGGCCUGCCUGGAGCUUGUCCACUUGCAACAUCCAGUAUUAUUCAUGUGGAUAUAACAUCUAAUACUAGUUACCCUUUCCAGCUCUCCCCUAUGCCUGAUAAAGUUGUUCAGUCUCGUAGAGGAGGAAGUGAUUUAAAAUUAGCUGUGUAUGAGAUUGAUGCUUCAGUGGAGAUGAUAAAUAUAGGUGUUAAACACAGCACUAAAGAGAAAUUAAGUGUUAUCAUUCCUCCACCUCUUCAUUUCAACCGUUACGUGUUAGGGUAUGGCAAGGAAUUUGGUGGUAUUGUUACUGAAUUAGUUAAUAACUACUGGACGGCUAUAGAUGUUGUUGUAUUAGAGAAUGCUCCUUGGUGGCUUCCCAUUCAAUUAAGCUCAUUGAGAAUCAACUCUGAGGCAGAGAGUAAACUUGUGAAAUCUCAAUAUUACUCACCAGGAAGAAGCAGACAGAAGCCAUACCACCUAGAGUUACUACUCAAGCUUCCACCACGCUCGACAACAACAAUAACAAUAGACUUUGAAUUUGUGUUUCUGAAAUGGCAAGAGUAUCCUCCAGAUGCCAAUCAUGGAUUUUAUAUAGGAUCAGCUAUUAUUGCUGCUAACCUUCCAACAGCAAAGAAUUAUACCAGUCUGCCUGUAACAGGCAUCAAUUAUCAUUCUACAAUUAAUGCAUCACAAUCAUGGUAUCCUGCAGUUUUCAGAACAAAUGGGGCUAUGGUGUCACUGCCUACUCCUGAUUUCAGUAUGCCAUAUAAUGUCAUUUGUCUUGCAUGUACAGUAGUGGCCUUGGCAUUUGGACCACUUCAUAACAUUUGUACCAAAGAACUGAUUCUUAAACCAGUUGGUACACCCCUGUCUCUUACACAAAAAAUAUUGAAUUUUUUCAAAAGGAAAAAGGAAUAAAUUGUAUGAAAUGAUUCCUCAUUAUAUUCUGUUAGAGAUGUGUUAUGUAACAUAAAUAUCAGAAAAAAGGCUGUCACUUAAUUUAUUUUUACCUGUGUAAAUUAUUGUAAUUCAUAAGCAGGUAUAUUAGGUCUUCCAGCCCUAGCAUGAGCACCGCGAUAUAGUAUAAAGGUAGCUCGUUUUUAUGACCCUCAAUUGUCAAAUUACUAUGGAGAUAAAAAGUAAGACUCGAUAAAAAACUUGAUCUAUUCUAAAUUACAGUGCUCAUACUAAAUGGAAAGCAGCUUUUCACCAAGAAAAAAUUUCAUGAACAAAGUAAAAUAGGUGAUUCAUAGGAUUCAUAGCAUAAAUCUUUUGUGUAUGGUGAAGUAACUUAGCCUAAGUUACUUCACUAUAAACAAUUGUCUAUAAUGGUUGAUUCUAUAUGAAAAGUUAUUUUUGAAGAUGGCAGCACUGCAACAGAAUGUUGCUGUCUUAAAGAUGAAUGCAGUAGGUAUAAUUAUUAUUUUAUAUUUAUUCCAGACAAAGUCCAUAAGUGUUAGUGACAAUAAUCAUAAGUUAAUGUAGAUAUUUAAAUAUUUGAACGGCCACAGCUUAAAUUUUAAGAUUGAUUUUUGCUAUCUAAACUUGAACUUGGUUUCUAAAAAAGGGACAUUCAGAGUGGUUUAUUAAAUGAAUAAUGCUAGUAUUUCAAUAUCUUUGGGCAUAAUAUAUAGGGU